UUUCAUCUUCUUCUCUUUCUUAAACCCUAGAAAAACCACCGGAGCUCGCGCGAUCAUGGCGGCUGCGGAAGCAGGUCAGCAAAAGAGAGCCGAAGAAAACGACGAACUCACGAUCAAAGAUGGAGAUACAGACAUCUGCCAACAGCUCAUGGACCGUUACGCCAAAUCCUCCGCCGCGCAGCACGGCCACCUCGUCGCCACCGCCGCCGCAAUGCGCUCUAUCCUAGUCGCAGAGUCUCUGCCUUCGACGCCUCCGGCGUACUUCGCUGCCGCGAUAUCCUCCGCGGAUUCCACCGUGAACUCACCGGCGACGGAUCCUGUGGCGGUUUCUGCUCUGCUUACCUUUCUGUCCAUAGUUGUCCCUCUGGUUCCUUCCGGGGAGAUUUCAACGGAAAAGGCCCGAGAAGCUGUGACAGUACUGGUGAGCCUUAUUGAUAGAGACGAAGAGAAGUUAGGUGUGGCGAGCUUGAGAGGUGGUGUGAAAUGUAUCGGGACGUUGCUAAUUGGCUUCUGUAAUUUGGAUGAUUGGGAAAGUCUUGAUUUAGGUUUUGCUUCUCUUCUCAAAUUCGCCGUUGAUAAGCGGCCCAAGGUCAGAAGAUGUGCCCAAGAGUGUCUGGAGAAGAUACUCGGCUCUCUGCAAUCAUCUACUGUUAUCAAGGAGGCAAGUAAUACAGUGUACGCCUCAUUCAAAGAGUAUAAACCUGUUCUAGCCGAAUUAAGCUCUUCAAGGAUCGAUGAAGGUUCUAAGGUUGAUUUGUCAUUGAAAACCCAAAACGCAGAGGCUGUCUAUGUGUUAAAUGUGCUCGGUGUUGCAAUUCCAUUUAUCUCUUCCAAACUUAGGUCAAGAGCUUUUUCAGAACUAUGCAAUCUUAUGGCUUCUCAGUUUUCACUGCUAACGAGGCAAAUCCUCAAAGCCAUGGAGGUUUUCUUUGCGAAUUCAAGAGAUGAGAUUAGUGUCCCUGAGAUAGAGAGCAUCAUAACUUCACUCACUGGUUAUUUAUCUUCACACGACAAGAAUCCCUCAGACACUGUCGUGCAAGCGACCAUCCUUUUAAGAAGUGCUUUGGAGAAACUCCACUUGGUGGAUUCCAAAUUGUGCCUGAAGAAGCUUCCACUAGUUUUUGGUGAUUUGGCAGGUCUUCUUACUUCGAAUGAUGACACUGCAUCUCAAGCCUUGGAUGUAUUAAAAGACCUGAUCAAUCGCCAUGUAGAUAAAGAUAUUGUUGAGGGAUGUCUGCCAUUUGAAGGUGAAGAAAAUGUUGCAGAUGGCAACAAAAUUGGUGCAACAAAAUCUGUAUGUGCUGUCUUUGAGAGUAUCCUGGAUUCAUGUGAUGCAAUUCCAAAUGAGCGCAUUUUAGAUGUAACAGCUAUUUUGAUCGAUAAACUUGGGGAGCUUUCGUAUGUCCUUAUGAGGAAUAUAGUACUUAAACUCGCCAGCUUGAUGACGAGUGCUACAGGGGAUGCUUGUAGCUUAAAACAUCUUCAGCAUUGCAUUGGGUCUGCAGUGGUUGCAAUGGGGCCAGAGAAAAUAUUAGAACUUCUGCCUAUCUCUAUUUGUGCUGAUAAUCGUUCUUGUACAAAUAGCUGGUUAAUCCCCAUCUUAAAAAGAUAUAUUGUUGGAGCAUCGCUCGGGUAUUAUAUUGAGCAUAUUGUUCCUCUUUCAAAAUCCAUUCUGCAAACUUCUAGGAAAGCUCACAGAAAGAAGUUGCAGGCCUGUUCUCAUGAGCUCAUGGAAUUGUUACCUGCCUUUUGCAACUAUCCUGUUGAUGUAGCCCAAAACUUUGGAUCUUUAGCUAAACUUUUGGUGAAAUUUAUCAAUAAGUACCCUUUCAUGAAUGAAGCCAUUACCCUCUCCUUACAGAGGCUUGUAAAUCAAAACAAAAGUAAGCUUAGGCCCAAGAUAAACCCGGGUGAGGCAAAAACCUGUCCGGGUGAAGAUAAUACAUCAGAGCUUGAAAGUGAAAAUCGUUACUCGAAGAAGACAUCAACUAAAAACAUCAAGGCUUUGGCAUCAUGCUCAGCUGAGUUGCUUCAAUCUCUUGUAGAUAUGUUCACUGGUUUAGGGACAGAGGUCAGUUCUGACUUUAAGACCGCAACUGGAUGCUUGGCUUCUAUUGUGGAUUCUUCAGUGAGGAAACAGAUUCUAACGUCUUUGCUUGAGAAGCUUGACACCAUUGAUGAUGAAAGCGAAAACGAAAGGCAGGUCAACGUAUCUGAUGAAUCGUUUGAUGAAGAAAAAGAUAACCCCAGUGGUACAAAGACACAUUUAAAGAGGAGCUCUGUGUUGGCAGUUGCAAUUACAUUUGUUGAAGGAGCCAAUGAAGAUCUUAUCGAGUUAAUCUAUAAUCUUGUUCGGCAAACUUUUGAGGCCACUGACGAAGUUGAUCAUUGUGAAGCAUACCACACUCUGAGCAGAGUUCUGGAGGAACAUGAGUGGUUUUGUUCUUCACAUUUUGCGGAGCUGAUGGAAAUGUUACUCAGCCGUAAAUCACCAGAUGAUGCAGGAUCUCUCAGAAGUCGAUUUACAUGUUUCCAUGUUCUAAUGGUUCAUGCGCUUCAGUUGACUGCCGAGGAAGAGAAUGAAAAGGCUUUCCCCAUUCUGAACGAGAUAAUCCUUGCCCUUAAAGAUGGGAAAGAAGAAAGCAGAAAAACAGCUUGUGAUGUACUGGUUAUGGUAUAUACCAGUCUGAAAAGUAAGUCCUGUCUCUCCGGUGAUGAACUCUGCCCCAAACUGAUCAACAUGAUAAUGGGAUAUAUCUCUGCAUCAUCUCCGCACAUAAAGAGCGGAGCAGUGUCUGCACUGUCUAUCUUGGUUUACAAAGACCCCGAAAUCUGCCUUUCUUCACCCGACCUUCUUUCAUCUGUUUUAUCUUUGAUCCAUACCAAGGCCGUCGAGGUUAUAAAAGCGGUUCUGGGUUUUGUGAAAGUUGUAGUAUCGACGUUGAACUCAAAGGACUUGCAAAACCUGCUACACGAUCUCGUAUGGGAAAUCCUCCCUUGGUCGUCAGUUUCAAGACAUCAUUUCAGGUCUAAGGUUACUGUCAUAGUCGAGAUUAUGAUAAGGAAGUGCGGUGCACGAGCAGUUCUAUCCGUUGCACCCGAGAAACACAAGGGUUUCGUCAAGACAGUUUCAGAGGUACUUUUUCUUUACUCAUUCUUGUUGCUUCAUUUCAAGAGUAGAAAAAAAGGGAAAUGAAUUUGGGCGUGGGCCUAUACAUAAUUUGUUUUACUUCUCGUGAAAUCAAGGGGAAAAGGAUUAAGAUUUUUCGCAAUAUAGUGAUUAAAGUACUGAACUUUUGUUAGAACUAGUUUAAGCUCAUCUAGAUUUCUAAAAACUAGGGUUCAUAGCAUAGAAGCUCUUCAUUUGAAGCAGUUCUACAACUUCUGGAAUACAGUUCUCGGAAUCUGAAUUAAAAUAUGUAUCUUCUAAAACCUCUAUUCGUG